AUGCCUGCAGCAGCGCACAAGUCGUCCCUCGUUCUACCCUUGCUACUCAUAUCAGUGACGUGUAACAGUGUAAACCACCCCUCAGUGGAAGAAUCCUUCCGUCAGUGCCUUUUAACGCAACCCUCUGUCACUCUGGGAUAUUGUUUUGGCGUUGGCGCUAUUAGCAAAUUGCGAAGUUUAGACAGCGACCCGGAAUUUGAUCUAAUUGACGGCGUUACUUUGAGCAGGAGUCAGCAGGAAUAUAGAGAAGCGUACAAUUUCGACGAGAGGGAUCCUGCAGACUUCAGGACUUUGGUCGACUCUUUAAGCCAUGUUUUCUCGCACCGGAGUCUCCAGUGGGACAUGGGUUUCAUAUAUCCCGGACUCUCGAUGCGCGUCGCGCCAUCUUCGAGUCCGGGCGGUCAACUGGAGUUUGCUCUCGACCCACACAGAGAGGUCCUCACGAAGCACUCGCUGAAGGAAAUAGGAACUGGACGGAUACUGGCGCGGCAGUUCUUGGUGCCGUUUCUUCUGGGGUUCAAGUUCAAUGUUGCCACCCUUAUCCCGAUUCUGUUUGGGUUGUUGGCACUACUGGCGAAGAAGGCGAUUAUUAUUAGCAAAGUUGCAUUGAUUAUUAGCAGUGCAUAUGGACUGGGAACUUUAUUACUCGGGAAUGGUAACAGAGUUCAACAAAAUUACCAUUCUAGUGCUUCGCAACCGUUUAAUCCUGGAUUUGGAGGAAAUACUCAGUUCCAUCAUAACAGAUUUCCCGAGGACGAAUACUCCGACAUCCACUACAGAGGCAUCUCCGAAAACAACGUCGACCAGUUCCAACUCCACGGCAAACUCCAGAAGAUCCACGAAGAGAAACCCACCCAAGGGCGAAACUUCGCCUGGAGCGACGACGAAAAAACCAUAAAAUCCACCUGACAACCCAGAAGCCCACACAUCGUCUCAUCAUAUCACCGUCACAAACAUUGUUAAGUUUAUUCCAAUAAUAAAAACCCACA